CCUCCUUCACUAAUAUUAUUGAUUUCAUUUCUAUCCCCAAAAUGAAUAACCCAAAUGGAGGAAUCUGUUUCCUUCUCUUUCUCUUCCUCUUUCCUUUUGCGGCGGCGCAACCUGCCACCAACCAAAACCAAUCCUAUUACAACAAGUUCAGCCCUUCCAUGGCCAUCAUAAUCGUCAUCCUCAUCGCCGCCCUCUUUCUAAUGGGCUUCUUCUCCAUCUACAUCCGCCACUGCUCCGACUCCCCCUCCGCCAGCAUCCGCAACCUCGCCGCCGCCACUGGACGCUCACGGCGCGGCACCCGCGGCCUCGAGCAGGCGGUGAUCGACACCUUCCCGACGCUGGAGUACUCGGCGGUGAAGAUCCACAAGCUGGGAAAGGGAACUCUGGAGUGCGCUGUGUGCUUGAACGAGUUCGAGGACACCGAAACGCUGCGUUUAAUCCCCAAGUGUGACCACGUGUUCCACCCCGAGUGCAUCGACGAGUGGCUAGCUUCCCACACCACUUGCCCCGUUUGCCGCGCCAACCUCGUCCCUCAGCCCGGCGAGUCCGUCCACGGAAUCCCAAUCCUCAACGCUCCUGAGGACAUCGAGGCCCAACACGAAGCCCAAAACGACCUCGUCGAGCCCGAACAGCAACAGCAAGACCCCAAGCCUCCCGUUCCCACUGAACCUCAAGUGCUGUCAUUAAACCAGACGCUGAACCGGAACCGCACCAGAGGCUCCCGGUCGGGCCGGCCGCGGCGAUUCCCGCGGUCUCACUCGACCGGUCAUUCUUUAGUCCUGCCGGGCGAAGACACUGAACGGUUCACUUUGCGGCUUCCCGAGGAAGUUAGAAAGCAGAUAUUGCAGAACCCGCAACUGCAUCGCGCGAGAAGCCUCGUUAUCUUACCGAGAGAAGGUAGUUCGCGGCGGGGGUAUCGAACCGGUGAAGGAAGUAGCAGAGGGAGAUCGUCGAGGCGGUUGGACCGGGGGUUUAAGUCGGACCGGUGGGUUUUCACCAUGGCGCCGCCUUUUUUGGUGAGAGCGUCGUCGAUUAGGUCGCCCAGGGUGGCCAAUAACGGUGGCGAAGGAACUUCCGCUGCUGCGUCUUUGCCUCCGCCGCCUGCUGUGGAGUCUGUUUGAGUUUUGAUUCCCCCUUCUGCAAGAUUUCAAUAUUUUAUUGUAUUUACCAAUUAUUUUUUGCUGCCACGAUUUUUUUACGCUAGAAUUUGUAAGAUGUGUAUAAUAUUUGGCACACUUGUUUUGCGUUUGAAGAUAAAUAACUGAAAUCCUGAAUCACGAUAGAUUCUUAAAUCAAAAUCUUGGUCAUCAGUUCAGAUAUGAAUAAAACGGAAAUGGAGAUAUAUAUAUAUAUAUA